GUUGCUAAUGAGCUCUCCUCCCCUCUUACAAUGAAAGACAAGCCAGGCCCCGGGUACCUGCACGGAUUGAGCUGAAGUCCCAGAAACUUCAUAAUAAGUUGCCAAUGGCUACCAGCCAAGUGCUCAAGGCCCUGGGACAUCCGGCCUCCACUCCCUGGCAGAUGUGGCGUUUCCAUGCUGAGGCCUCGAGUCCCGCCUGACCCAGCCGCUGCCUCUCCAGGGCCUCUCUGGGCUACACCCCUUGGACUGCACAGCCAUGCUCGGCCUGCUGGCUCUCCUCCUGCACUGCCUCCCGCUGGCCUCCGGGGACUAUGACAUCUGCAAAUCCUGGGUGACCUCAGACGAGGGCCCCACCUGGGAGUUCUACGCCUGCCAGCCCAAGGUGAUGCGCCUGAAGGACUAUGUCAAGGUGAAGGUGGAGCCCUCGGGCAUCACAUGCGGAGACCCCCCUGAGAGAUUCUGCUCCCACGAGAACCCCUACCUGUGCAGCAACGAGUGUGAUGCCUCCAACCCGGACCUGGCCCACCCGCCCCAGCUCAUGUUCGACGAGGAAGACGAGGGGCUGGCCACGUACUGGCAGAGCGUCACGUGGAGCCGCUACCCCAGCCCGCUGGAGGCCAACAUCACCCUUUCGUGGAACAAGAGCGUGGAGCUGACGGACGACGUGGUGAUGACCUUCGAGUACGGCCGGCCCACCGUCAUGGUCCUCGAGAAGUCGCUGGACAACGGGCGCACGUGGCAGCCCUACCAGUUCUACGCCGAGGACUGCGCCGAGGCCUUCGGGAUGCCCGCGCGCCGCGCCCGCGACCUGCCCGCGUCGGGCGCGCACCGCGUGCUCUGCACCGAGGAGUACUCGCGCUGGGCGGGCUCCAAGAAGGAGAAGCACGUGCGCUUCGAGGUGCGGGACCGCUUCGCCAUCUUCGCUGGCCCUGACCUGCGCAACAUGGACAACCUCUACACGCGCCUGGAGAGCGCCAAGGGCCUCAAGGACUUCUUCACGCUCACCGACCUGCGCGUGCGGCUGCUGCGCCCCGCGCUGGGCGGCACCUACGUGCAGCGGGAGAACCUCUACAAGUACUUCUAUGCCAUCUCCAACAUCGAGGUCACUGGCAGGUGCAAGUGUAACCUGCACGCCAACCUGUGCUCCGUGCGCGAGGGCAGCCUGCAGUGCGAGUGCGAGCACAACACCACGGGCCCCGACUGCGGCCGGUGCCGCAAGAACUUCCGCACCCGGGCCUGGCGCGCCGGCUCCUACCUGCCGCUGCCCCACGGCUCGCCCAACGCGUGUGCUGCUGCAGGCUCCACUGUUGGCAAGUGGAACAGACCAUGGACAGCAGCCCCCCCAGGGGAGAGCCCCCCCUGGCCCCAGGUUUCCUCCAGUGCAGAAGACUGCGAGUGCUAUGGCCACUCCAACCGCUGCAGCUACAUCGACUUCCUCAACGUGGUGACCUGCGUCAGCUGCAAACACAACACGCGGGGCCAGCACUGCCAGCACUGCCGCCUGGGCUUCUACCGCAACGGCUCCGCCGAGCUGGACGAUGAAGAUGUCUGCAUCGAGUGUAACUGCAACCAAAUCGGCUCCGUGCACGAUCGGUGCAACGAGACCGGCUUCUGCGAGUGCCGCGAGGGCGCGGCGGGGCCCAAGUGCGACGACUGCCUCCCCACGCACUACUGGCGCCAGGGCUGCUACCCCAACGUGUGCGACGACGACCAGCUGCUCUGCCAGAACGGCGGCACCUGCGUGCAGAACCAGCGCUGCGCCUGCCCGCGCGGCUACACCGGCGUGCGCUGCGAGCAGCCCCUGAGGGGCCCUGGGGAGCCAGGCUUCUUUGGAAUGGUUUUGCUGCCAGGGGAAAUGCCUGCCUACCCGCCCCGCCAAGGCAGCCUGGCCCCGCCCCCACCUCCCCUCUACAAGAGCAGACCGCUGGGUCGGCAGAUUCUGCCUCUUCUGCCACCAUCCAGCUGA